CAAUAUCUAGAAAAGUACUACAACCUUGAAAAAGAUGUGAAACAAGCUUUUAGAAGAAUGGACAAUAGUCCUCCUGUCAAAAAAAUCCAAGAAAUGCAGAAGUUCCUGGGGUUGAAGGUGACGGGGAAGCUGGACUCCAGCACCGUGGAGGUGAUGCACAAGCCCAGGUGUGGCGUUCCUGACGUUGGUGGCUUCUCUACCUUUCCCGGCACGCCAAAGUGGAGGAAAAACAAACUCACAUACAGGAUUGUGAACUACACUCUGGAUUUACCAAGGGAGGCUGUAGAUUCCGCCAUUGAAAAAGCUCUGAAAGUCUGGGAGGAGGUGACGCCGCUCUCGUUCUCCAGGAUCUAUGAAGGAGAGGCUGACAUCAUGGUCUCCUUUGAGGUUGGAGCACAUGGAGACUUUCAUUAUUUUGAUGGACCGGGACACAUUUUGGCUCACGCCUAUCCACCUGGGCCUGGAUUUUAUGGAGAUGUUCACUUUGACGAUGAUGAAAAAUGGACACAGGGUACAUCAGGUAGGACGAUUUCAGAUACAAUGUUCAACUAUCCAAGAAUGAUUUGAUUAUCCAGAAAGAGU